AGCGCGGACCAAUCGGCGCGCCGCUGCUCUGCGAGAGACGCUGGCUCCUCUGAAUAAAACAGGAAGCCGUGCCAGUGAGUCUGCGAAUGACCACGAACCCCCCCUCGGAGGAGCAGAGAGAGAGAGAGAGCCGCCAUCGGAUAUACUGAGUCCUCGCUGUGGAUUAUUUCGCGUUGGCACCGGGGCGCGCGCACGGAAUGGAUAAAGCCGCGGGCCCCGCGCACUGAAGGGCUCGCUGCGGCUGCUGCUGCUGGUGGUGGGAGGCGGGCAGGGGGACGGGGGACGGACGCGCAACGCGGAGACAAUUUAUGGAGCAUUGUGCGGGGGGGGGAGCAAAAUGGUGGAUUAUUAUUUGCACCGUGUCACCAGAAGCGUGGAUCUCCUCUCGUAAAGACACUGAUCCAACAGUCUCGGCCCUGUCCGCCGCGCGGAGCUCGGGUCUGCGUUAGCGGCUAGGUAGGUAGGUAGGGGAGCCCCCCCCCCCCUCUCCAGCUCCAUAUCCCCGAGACUACUUGUGUUGCUCUCUCUACAUGUAGGAUCUGCCCCGUGUCGGUUCCACGAGAGUCCCAUUUUUUUUUUGGAGGAGAACAAUAAACACCGGAUUACCGGAGCGAUGGAUUUCAACAACAGCGGCGGCGGCAACGAGCUGCACAACAACCAGUUCUACCAGUGCGAGGAGAGCAAGCCUCUGCUGGGGGAGAUGUCGGAGGGCAACAACAACAACACCAAGCUGAGCGCGGGGGGGCACCCGGGCAAGAGGUCCCUGCACCACUGCAGCGGCGGCAUGCGCUACAAGCUGCUGCACGAGGGCGACAUCCAGGUGUGCGUGGUCAAGCACCCGCGCACCUUCCUCAGCAAGAUCCUCACGUCCAAGUUCCUGCGCAGGUGGGAGCCGCACCACCUCGCGCUCACGGACAGCAGCCUGACGUCGGCCACCCCCACCGGUUACAUGGAGGCUUCGUUGUCCUACAGCUCCAUCGAGGACCUGCAGCUCCUCUCGUGGGACAACGCUCCCAAGUACUGUGUGCAGCUCAGCUUCCCCGGCGGCACCGUCCUGCUGCAGGCUGCAAACAGCUACUUAAGGGACCAGUGGUUUCACUCCCUGCAGUGGAAGAAAAAAAUCUACAAGUACCGCAAGGUUCUGAACAACCCGAGUCGCUGGGACGUGGUGCUAAAGGAGAUCAGGGCGCUGGUGGACAUGGCUCUGACCUCACCGCUGCAGGACGAGUCCAUCCACCAGGCUCCUCUGCACAUCAUCUCCACCCUGCUGGCUGAGAAUGCUAAUCUCAGCACCCAGGACCAUGAGAACAUCAUUGUGGCCAUUGCUCCUCUUCUAGAAAACAACCACCCACCACCUGACCUGUGUGAGUUCUUCUGUAAGCACUGUCGGGAGCGGCCGCGGUCCAUGGUGGUGAUCGAAGUGUUCACUCCUGUGGUCCAGAGAAUCCUCAAACACAACAUGGAUUUUGGAAAGUGCCCUCGACUUCGUCUCUUCACUCAGGAGUACAUCCUGGCUCUCAACGAGCUGAAUGCUGGGAUGGAGGUCGUCAAGAAGUUUGUCCACAGCAUGCACGGGCCGACGGGGCAGUGCCCUCACCCACGCGUCCUGCCAAACCUGGUGGCAGUGUGUCUCGCCGCCAUUUACUCCUGUUACGAGGAGUUCAUCAACAGUCGGGACAACUCCCCCAGUCUGAAGGAGAUCAGAAACGGCUGCCAGCAGCAGAACGAACGGAAACCCCCGAUGCCGCUCCGUCUGCUGCGCCCCGGGCCUCCGACGCCGCCACCACCCGCCGCCACCCUCCUGCCUCUCUCCGCCAUCCCCGGCCCCGCUCAGCCACCUCCGUCGCCCCCCUCACACUCCGCCCCGUCCAAUCCCUUCUCCCCGACGCCCGCCUUGCUGCCCCUCUCCCCUCCGCCCGCCUCCGUCGUCAACUCCAGCGAGAUCCUGGUGGAGCUGGAGCGGAACAACAACUCGGCCAACGCCAGGCGGAAGGGCAGGCCGCCGUCGGGGGGCAACAGCGAGCCCAACCUCAUCGACUGCCUGCUGGUCAGCCCGGCCGUCAACACGCUGUCCAUCCAGCUGCCAGCGCAGGCUGACCGGGUGCUGGGCUGCUUCGCUCUCAUCCUCAAGAUGCUGUCGGACUAUGAUGACUGGAGGCCUGCUCUCGCCAGCCUGCUGCAGCCCAUCCCCUUCCCAAAAGAGGCCCUCGCUCACGCCAAAUUCACAAAGGAGCUGAAGUACGUCAUCCAGAGGUUUGCAGAGGACCCGAGGCAGGAGGUGCAUUCCUGCCUACUCAGCGUGCGGUCGGGGAAAGACGGCUGGUUCCAGCUCUACAGCCCAGGGGGCGUGGCCUGUGAUGACGACGGGGAGCUGUUUGCCAGCAUGGUCCACAUCCUCAUGGGCUCCUGCUACAAGACCAAGAAGUUCCUGCUCUCGCUGGCUGAAAACAAGCUGGGCCCCUGCAUGCUGCUGGCCCUGCGUGGGAACCAGACCAUGGUGGAGAUCCUAUGUCUGAUGCUGGAGUACAACAUCAUCGAGAACAAAGACACCCAGCUGCAGAUCAUCUCCACCCUGGAGAGCACCCAGGUGGGCCUCCGCAUGUACGAGCAGCUCUGCGACCGACAGAGAGAGCUCAAAGAACUGCAAAGGAAAGGAGGCCCCACCCGGCUGACUCUGCCCUCCAAGUCCACGGACGCAGACCUGGCCCGCCUGUUGAGUUCCGGUUCUUUUGGGAACCUGGAGAACCUGAGCCUGGCCUUCACCAACGUCACCAGUGCCUGUGCAGAGCAGCUCAUCAAGCUGCCCUCACUCAAGCAGCUCAACCUGUGGUCCACACAGUUCGGCGAUGCCGGGCUGCGGCUGCUGUCCGAACACCUGGCCGGCCUCCAGGUGCUGAACCUGUGUGAGACGCCCGUCACCGACGCCGGCCUGCUGGCGCUCAGCUCCAUGAAGAGUCUGUGCAGUCUGAACAUGAACAGCACCAAGCUCACAGCGGACACCUACGAGGACCUCAAGGCCAAACUGCCCAACCUGAAAGACGUUGACGUCCGGUACACGGAGGCCUGGUGAUCAACCACCCAGCCCUCACACACACACACACACACACACACACACUGCACACACACACAUUGCCCACAGGCUCAGACCACAUCACAUGAAAAUGAUGUUGUGAUUCCAUCGUUGGACCAGGAGCUCUGCCGUCAUGUGACCACAACAUCUCUGACUCGGAGGAGGAGGAGCCUUUGUCAUAUUUGGACGUCUUGCCAGGCAGGAACUUUCUAGUCGACGUCCCUUUUUUUUAAAGAAACCUUUAUGGACCUCGCCGCCCCCAUCACCAACAUAGAGGAAGACCUGGGCCCUCCUCUCUCUCACGCCAUGAAGGCUGAAGACACGAGCAGCUCACAUUCCAGUUCUUCUCUGAUUCGCUACGUAGCUCUCCAAAAAACGACCGUGUUGAACUGUCCUGCCCCCCCCCAACCUCUCUCUCUCGAUCUCUCACUCUUGCUCUCGCUCUCUCGGUUUCGGUUUUCAGGUUUCCGUUUCCGUCUCAUUUGUUUUUUGGAGAAAUUAAGGUGCCAUUCUCCGAGAGAAGAAGAAGAAGAAGACUGUGCCAGUUCCUCUUAACACGACGUGUUCACACACAUCAAAAAGGAAAGGGGAAAAGAAAAAACAAGUUUUUAUCAACCUGAAUGAACAUAUUUUUACAGACAUAUGUGCUUUCAUAUACCGUGUGUUUCUAUAUAAAACGUAAAUAUAUAAAUGCGGAGAAAGUAGAAGAAAAAAAAACCAGUGAUGAAAUUUCAGAGACAUUUCGGGGGAAGUUAAACGGCGAUGGCAAUGUCCGUCCCUUUUUGUUCUCAGUGAACCAUCCGGAUGAUUUCCCAUUAUGAUAUUUAAUAGGACAGCUGUGUAGCAGUAGCUGGGUGGUCUGAGACCGCCUCAUAUUUAUAAAGUUGUGUCCUUAAAUCCUCCGGAUUAUUACGUCCUGGCACACACAGGCCCUUUUUUUUGUUUUUUUGCAAUUGACAACAUAAGAAGCCAACCAAGAGGCGCCCACACAUGGAUCUCUCUGUAUCGCCCCCUGGUGGUAACCUCGAGGACCUGUAAACCAGACUCAUCACCAGCUGAGAGUUGUAUAUUUUCAUAUCCUCUGCUUUUUUUUUGUGUGGGGGGUCGCAGUCUUUUUGAAACUGUUCUGACAAAAGGACACUUGCCAAACAUCGUCAUGGUUUUUUGUUUAGUUUCGUGCACUUCUAUCUUCAAACCAACGUGAGUUAGGUUCCAGAACCGACUGGUGGGUCCGGUGGAACCCCUCGCAGGCCCGACUCCCAGCCCCCGUCCGUCUGUCCCCGCAGUGCCUCUGGUGGAGCUGUGGAUGAGUUUCCUAUUAUUAUUAUUAUUAUUAUCUUUUUGAAAGUUGUUCUGCUGUAUUUAUAUAUGACGCCAUAAAACACGGGCGAGAUUUUAACAGGAUGAUUCAGUCCCAUCGAAAGGAUGGGACUGAAUUAUUUUAAAUAUAAUAUUUCGCGUUGGGGCUAUAAGGGACAAGAGACUCGUCUUCAUUCCCACAAGAUGUUUCGUCCGACGUGGUAACUGCUCCCGGUCUCUUUUUUUUCCCUCUCCGUCUCGGAGUCCGAUCUCCACCAGUCAGCCUCUCGCUCCGACUGCAUCCACCCGGUUUAUUCGUCUCCGUGUCGACCUCCGGCAGGACGCCGUCCGCCUCCAGGAGGCUCUGUUUCCUAUUUAUUGGGUGCCGUGACGGUUCUUGGUUUGGCUUGUAGACUCUGUUUUUGUGGUUUGGCUCUAACGACCUCUUUCAUAUCCUGUACGAGUGUGUGUAUAUAUAUAUAUAUAUAGUUGUCUCCUCCCUUUCUCUUUGACCCCCCUCUCCAUCCUUGUAUCUGUAUCUCUCAGCCGCUCAUCAUCAUCAUCGGCAAGUUGGCAUCGCCUUCAUCGUACGUGUGGUUGUUUUUUUCACAAAGUGCAAUGUAAUCUUUCAAAUAAUGUUUUUCAUAAUAUCUCUUUUUAUGUUUGUUUUUUCCUACAUCUUUUCAUUUCAUCACUUUAAUCGGACGUUUUGUUUCCCGUGCCGUCGUCGUUUUGAUUUUCUUCUGCAUGUACAUGUCGCUGCGUCAUCCGGUAUUUUUCAUUUUGUAAUUUUGUUUUGUUUUUAUAAAAAUGUUUGAAAACAUUUGAUAAGAGGGUCUGAUCACUAUCUCACUGAGGUUAAGGACUGAAAUGGAGAAAGAUCCCAUCCAAUGACUUUCUGAAGCUGAUAGACUGAAAGCUGCGCCAGCUGCGCUUUAUUCAUUUACUUGUCUAUUUUCAGAUUAAAAGUGAUGUCCUAUUCCUGCCAGGAAAUCAUAUCAGAAGUGGACCACACUGACUGAAUGUUAUUUUAAAUUAAGCUUCAGUUUAACUUUCUGUGGUUAUCCCUAAAGGAGAAGAUCUCCUUUUCUAUCUGUAUGAAAGUGAACGUCUCCUUUAAGGAAGUGGGCGGGCUGUCACUGGACGCCUCCCAUUGGUUGCGUCCUGUCCUGACUCUUCCCCCUUGUCCUGCCAUGUCUACAGGUUGUUUUGGAAGGAAGGGGGUCAGAUGUGGCUCAGCCUGAUGAAUCUGACAAACUGAAUAAAACAACUUAACUUCCCAUAAUUCCUUGUCGUAAAAUGUUUUGGCAGCUGGAGACAAAUAAAGGGGGAGGGGUUGGGGAGUCGCCCAUCAUUUUUCGCACUCUUUUUCAGUCUUUCUCUGCAUUGAUCUGCUUCUCCUGCUGGGUUAUUAUUAUUAUUGCUGCUGCUGCUCUGUGGCUGUUGUAAUAUAAAUACAAAAGAUCUUUAACAGGAAAAAUAACAACUAUGAUGUGAAAUAAUUUCAAUCAAAAAUAAAUCUUCUGUGAAUGUU